AUGGUGCUCGGGCGCAACUGGGAGUACUUCUAUCGGCGGCACAAGAUCAUCCCCGACGACCUUGUAGUCCCGAGGCUCUCCAACGUGGGGCUGAAAGUGCAGACCUUCAACACCAACACCUCCAACAUUUGGAGGGUCCAGUGCUCGAAGCACAACUGCGUCGGCGACAUCAUAGGUGAGAUCGGGACGCCGGCGGAGGUCCAUGGCGCCUGCAGAAUGGGAGGCAGAGAGGGAUUAGAGAGAAGAAGAGAGGAGAGGAGGAGGAAGAAGAAGCAGCAGGGGCGCGGUGGCUCGAAUUGCUCUGGAUCGGGAUCAGCGGUGGCUCGGCUCGCUCUGGAUCUGGAGAGGAGGAAGAAGAAGAACCAGCGGGCGGCGGCUCUGGAUCGGGAUCCCCUCCCGUUCGCUGCGGGCUCAACCCUUCCCCAGCAAGAGCAGGGGUGCGCCCGCGCGUCCUCCUCCUGGGAGGGGAAGACCGGUGAUGGACUGGCCGACGAGGGUGAAGAUCGCGGCGGGAUCGGCGCGUGGGUUGGCCUACGUGCACGAGGACUGUCAUCCAAGGAUCAUCCACGAGGACAUCAAGUCAUCCAACAUCCUUCUCAACGACAACUUAGAAGCUCAGGUUAUGUCGCGGAUUUCGGGCUUGCCAGGCUCGCGGAGAACGACGUGACACACGUCUCGAUGCGUGUGAUGGGCACAUUCGGGUACUUGGGACCGGAGUACGCCUCGACAGGGAAGCUGGCGGAGAAAUCGGACGUGUUCUCCUUCGGGGUGGUGCUCCUGGAGCUCAUCAACGGCCGGAAGCCCGUCGACACAUCCCGCCCCCUCGGCGACGAGAGCCUCGUGGAGUGGUCGAGGCCGCCGCUGAACCGCGCGAUCGACGAGCAGGAGUUCGAGGAGCUGGUGGACCCGCGCCUCACCGGUGACUACGACGACGUCGAGAUGUUCCGCAUGAUCGAGGCGGCGGUGGCAUGCAUCCGGCACUCGGCCGCCAGGAGGCCCAAGAUGGGGCAGGUCGUUAGGAUUCUGGACAGCCUGACCCUGAACGACGUGGAGCUGAGCAACGGCGGCAGGAGGGAUCUGUAGCCAGCCUCGCGAGCUUCCGAUGAUUUUGUUUCUGUUCAUCUGUUGAUUGUUUUGUUCAUGAUAUUUUACAAUGAAUUUGUAUUUGCUGUCUUACUACAUGUCUCUUUCUUUCUUUCUUUGGUGUGUACGUUAACAGGGUAUGCCCACAUGGUCAUGUAUUUUUAGUUAUUCUGAACAGAUAUACGUUGUUUUUCUCAUAGGUUCCCUGAAGUAAGAAAGUGUUGUGAAUAGGGCAUUGUGGAAAUUAUUGUUGUACGCCCCUAUACACAAGCCUUCGUAGGCGUUAAGAGUCCAUCCAUGAAAA